AUGAUGGGUGAACGUAAACCAUUAAUCAAUAAUGCCGAUAUGUCAGAUGAUAUGCAACAAGAGGCUGUUAAUUGUGCUUCACGAGCUUUAGAAAAAUCUAGUAUCGAAAAAGAUAUAGCAGCAUUCAUUAAGAAAGAAUUUGACAAGAAAUACAAUCCUACAUGGCAUUGUAUUGUUGGGAGAAAUUUCGGAAGUCAUGUGACGCAUGAAACGAAACAUUUCAUCUACUUUUAUAUGGGCAAUGUAGCAAUUCUUCUAUUCAAAUCCGGUUAA